AUAUUUUGGAAACAAACACUCACAUUUGUUCAAAAUAUAUAAUACUUAAAUAAUGAAUAGUUUAAAUAUACCCACUGACUUUGGUCCAGAUUCGGGAGGUCGCGUUAAAGGCCUUACAAUUGUAAAGCCCAUUGUUUAUGGAAAUAUUGCCCGAUCAUUUGGUAAAAAACGUGAAGAAGAUGGUCAUACCCAUCAAUGGAAAGUUUAUGUCAAGCCAUACCACAACGAGGAUAUGUCGGUGUAUGUUAAAAAAGUCCACUUUAAACUCCAUGAAAGUUAUGCAAAUCCCAAUCGAAUUGUUACAAAGCCGCCAUACGAAAUAACCGAAACUGGCUGGGGAGAAUUUGAGGUGGUCAUAAAAAUUUACUUUCACGAUCCCACCGAGAGGCCAGUUACUUGCUAUCACAUAUUAAAAUUGUUCCAGUCACCAAUAGUCGAUGGCGAAUUGUCCACAACGACCAUGGAUCCUAAGAAGGGUUUAGUUUCGGAAUCGUACGAGGAAAUUGUUUUCCAAGAACCAACACAACUUAUGCAACACUUUUUAAUGAAUGUUCAGCCCUUCACAAAUGGUCCCUAUACCCACGAUACUGACUUUGAAGCGAAAAAGCAAAAAACCUUGGAAAAUAUUUUGGAUGUUAAACACAAGGUUAAAGGAGAAAUAAAUACGUUAAAGGACAAAUUGAAAUUAGCCCGAGAAACAAUAUCCAAAUUUAAAACGGAGCUGGCAAAAGUACAAAAACCACAAAAUACUUAGUUAUUUCAAAAGAAAUAUAUUUAAAAUAAACUUUAUUUUCUAUUUAUAAAAAAAUAUACAUAA